UUGGCGCUCACAUCAGCCAAGCCGAAUCCUUCUCACCAACUCUCAUACUCUGUCCCAAAGCCUCUCUGUUUCUCAUCUCGUCCGUCUUCCUCUUCUUCUUCCAUGGCUGGUCUUCAACAAUACAACUUCUUCCCCACUGAUCUCUUCUAUCCUCGUCCUCAGCCUUCUUCUUCGUCUCUGGAAUCGGCUUCUGUUAAACCCUCAAGUCUUCCCCUUAAAAGCCCUGAUGUUGAAAUCUCUCAGGAUCUUCGUCUUCAGGAGCGACCAAAGAAGAAGCCGCAACAACCUUCAGAAUAUGCUCUGCUUCAUAAUCUCAAGAAGAAGCAGUCUAAAUACUCAAUAAACCCGCUCUCUUUGGCGGUCUUCAUUGAAGACGGCGACGUCCCUCGCAAUAAUUGAAUUUUGCUUUCGCCAUAACUCCCAAGGAAAGAUCUUCAUUUUUAUGCUGUAACCCUCUUUUCUGUUCUCUCUCUAGAAUUAGAUUUUUCCUUUUUGCUUGUUUUCUCAUGUAUAUUUCCUUAUGUGAGGGUUCUGUAAAACCCAUGAAUCUCAGGUUGAUCUUCUUCUAAGUUUUUCUUUCACCCUGCCGAGGAAACAAAGGUAUGUGUGUAUGCGAUUUCUUGAAUCGCCGACCAAUAGAACCAGAGCGUUCAUGACGUUAAAGGUCCUGAACCCUGAAAGUCGAAGUUAACAAUAAAACCGAAGCUCGUGAGUUAUUAUAUUUUGAUGGCUUCAGCGUUUUCUAGUUUAGACGAACGUGUAGUUGAACAGAGGCAACUCUGGAUGUCAGCGAUCGAAACGGCGGGGACGUUAGAGUUAGGUUGUUUCGGUCUUCAGAGAAUGUCACGAAGGAUUCCGAAUUGUCAACGGUGAAUAGUAACUCCCAUCCCAUGCGAAAAUCAAUGAGAGAGAAAAUAGAUCCCAGAGCGCGUGUGUGUGCGUGUGCGUGUGCGUGUGUGUGACCUUCGUGUUGGAGAAUAUGCCACGGCGUGUAGCUCACGAAAGUAUAUUUUCAUAAAAGCGAAUAUCC